UUCUCCCCCUCCCCUCUCCUUUCCUCCCUUCCCCGUGUGCGAGGAGUGGAAGCGGACCUUCGGACCUCGAGAAGAAAUUGCGCGUCCGGCUCGUUUUGACUCGCGACCUACGCGGUGCAUCACACUGCUCUCGCGGCGUGAUUGUCUUCAUGCGCGACGACGCGUCUACCAGAUGAACAAUCCCCAUCGGUUGGAUAAGCGCGCUCCUUAUUGUCCGUUCGCGCGCGUGCUUGUCUCUGCGCGCGAUUGUGAUUGCCAUUGAGAUUAUCCGUCUGACCGUUCGCGAUCUUCUGUCAAUCAGGCACGAUGUCCGCCAAGGCCAGGUCGUCCCCUACCAAGGCCUGCUCCUUCUGCAACUCGGCGGAGGACAAUGAACUGGAGUACGGGAAGAUGUACGAGGACAAGGGGAUCGCCACGCACUACUAUUGUCUGCUCCUAUCCUCGAAUAUGGAACAGAAGGGGAGGGAUGACGAAGGCAUACUCGGAUUUCUUGCGGAGGAUAUACAAAAGGAACUUCGCAGGGGAAAGAGAUUGGUAUGCUCAUACUGCAAAAAGAUUGGUGCUACUUUGGGUUGCUGUAAUGUAAGAUGUAAGCGGAUCUUUCACUUUCCCUGUGGCUUGAAAGCUGGUUCCCUACAUCAGUUUUUCGGGGAAUUUAGAUCGUAUUGCAUAAAUCAUAGGCCGAUACAAAAAAUCGACGAUCAGAUCUUAAAGCAGAUUGGUCCAGUAGAUAAUGUAGUAUGUUAUAUUUGUUAUGACAAAAUUAACACAAGUGACUUUGUGAAAACUUUGUGGGCUCCCUGUUGUAAAAAGGAUGCGUGGUUUCAUCGCAACUGUGUUCAGCAACUCGCAUUGAGUGCAGGAUAUUUUUUCAAGUGUCCCUUAUGUAAUAAUAAGAAAGAUUUUCUAAAAGCUAUGCAGGAAUAUGGCAUUUUCGUGCCAAAUCAGGAUGCUUCGUGGGAAUUGAUACCAAACGCGUUUGAGGAGCUUUUGUACAGGCAUGAUCAGUGCGACGCAUCGAAGUGUCUCUGCCCAAAGGGGAGGAAGCAUACAAGUCAUAAUGCUAAAUGGGAAUUGGCGCUAUGUCGUACUUGCGGUUCGCAAGGCAUCCAUAUGGCUUGCGGUCAGUUAAAGUGGGCCAAUCCGAUGUGGGAAUGUGAGGAAUGUACUUCCAUAUUACGUAAUUCAGAACGCGAGAAACGCGCAAGGCUGAGCAAUAGGUCUGCAGUAGGCAGUUGUAAUCAGAGUAGAGACUCAGAUUCGGACUCGGUCUUAGAUUCAGACUCUAACUCGGAUUUGGACAGCGAUACAGAUCUCUCUGUGGGAACUGACUUUCCCAUGCCGCCGUGCGCAUCAGUCGACUCAUCUUCCUCUUCACUCGAUUCUAUGCUGGACGUUAGAUUGCGACCUGGGCCACGCUCUUUUAAAUUAAAGCAGAAAAUGGACACGCUGAAAAAAUGGUCGGAUUUAAAAGCCGAAAGGAAAGAUAUGAAGAACUUUGAAAAGAACGCAACUGUAUUGAAUUUAGAAAAAGCCAACGAAUCAUCGUCGAAAAAUGACGAUGAUGAGAAACCAUCGACAAGUAAAAAUAUUUCUCAGCAAGAAAACAAGGAAAAUGGCUCUCAGAAAAAUCAACAGUCGUCCAGCAAAAAUAAGGAAAAAUCUCAACCGACGCAGAAGGAGGCGGAUGUCAUCGUAAUUGAAAGCGACGACGAUGAUGAUGUGAAGCUUAUUGCAUUAAAAUUAAAAACAAAUGAUUCUGCUCCACUUACGCAACAGCCUACGCAAUCGGACUCGCGUGAUCCUUGCGUGUCGGCGUCGAAGCAAGUUCCGCUGUUAAACGCAACGGAGAGUUCCGCGAGCGGAAGUUCCAAGAGCCAAAGUGUAACGACGAUCGAUUUAUCGAAAAUCGAUGACAUAAAUCUACCAAAAAAACUUACGACGCCAGAGCCGAAGGCUCUGUGCAAAUCCGAGAAAACGAAUGAAAGCGUAUCCGCCAUUUCGGAACAAGUCGUAGCUACGCCAAAAGAAUUCACGUUAGGUGAAUUCUCAAGUGACAAUGGCAAUUCGGUGGAAACAGAGGUGGCGGAGAAGAUGGACACCACCGAUACGGUCGCUGUAAUUAUGAAUUCCAGGGAUCCCGUUAUGAAUAUCAAAAUUACCAAUGUUACGUCCCUGCCGCCCGAAGUGUUCGAAAGCGUGCCUGACGUUGUAUGCAAUGACAAUACAUCACGUACGAAAGCCCUUGAUAUGCCGUCUCUUAAUGCAAACGAAACGUUGGAAACGAAGGAAGUCCCGCCUACGAAGCGUAGCAUGUACGAAGCGAGUAACGUUAACGACAACUCCAAAAAGCUCAAAAGAAGUCUCGACGACAGUUUAGCCGAAACGUCAACAAACAUCAAUAAAACGUUAGUCGCAUCAACAAACGUCGGUAAAACGUCAGUCGUAUCUGUUCCAGCCAGGAUUUCUGUUGCACGUUAUACAAAUAAUGCUCAAAAUGUUGGAAAAAAUAAUGCAAACAGUACAAAUAGUACGAAUAGACGGCAGAGCAGCGAAGGCACAUCCGCUGGCAAGUCCAGUGAGAUCAGGAAUAAUAAUAAUACCGCAAAAUGCACACCCGCGUCUACAAACACCACUUCCAUCCCGCUGUCGAAUAAUAUUCGAAAAAAUAACUUCACGCAAUAUGUGCCAAUUCAAAUAAUGGGUCAGGUGCGAAAUGAGAUUGUACCGAAUUUGCAAGAAAACGGUGCGUCUGUUAACGUACAACAGAGCAACGAAAGCAUUAGAGCAACUGUUGCGCCGGCAGAAAUUGUGCCUGUCCCCAAGGAUGCUUCGCUUAUCCUGCAACUUCCCUCAAUCGGUGGUUAUUAUCUUCAACGAAUACCUACGAACCCGAACAUCACUAUUGCUCACAGCGUCGGAAGAACGGACCAGGCGAGCAGCCUGUAUACGGUACCAGCGAGCAGCGUGUUUCUACCGCGGACAGAUAACAUUGCUGUGCUCAAUCCAGCCCAAUUGAUUGUAAGUCAAUCGGUCGUGAAUACCGGUGGUGAAACUACGCCCAUUCUGAACAACAACAAUCAAACACCAGUGGUAAACCAUCAACGCACUGCGCCGAGGGAAAGUAUACCACCUGCCAGUACACCCAGCGGUGGAAACAAAUCCUCAAACAAAUCCUACUGUGACGGGGAUGCAGGCACCAGGCCUGCUGAGUUCGAUUCUACCAGUCGGAAGGGCGACGGUCGAACAAGCGAAUCCCAGCGAUCCAAUAAGCGUAAGAGUGUUAUCAGCAACCGAUUCGUGGAGUCUACGCAGUCUAUUUCCCAAAGCUGCUCCGUCGCAACCCGUAGCGUCUUCCCCCAAGUCACGAACAACCAUAACACCUGUCAUCAACCUAGACUGAUACCGCGUUAUGUGAAUCUGCACGACCUUAAAUUUCAAGUCUGCGCGCCAAACGGUGUUCAGAUGACGCUGUACGAUACGUUCUCCGUAAAUAUCUCGUUGAAGAAUCCCAAGGAGGGUAAGAGUCGAUUGCCAGGAGUAGCUGCACCGCGGGCGCCAAAGGAGUCGUCCAUCCUGAAGGCGCCACGUGAAGCCUCGUGCAGCUCCGAUCACAUCGACAAUACCUCGGCGGAGAGACAACGUUCCGAUAACCUUUUUCGCGUCUCGAAAAACGAAAAUAGUUUAAUUGAUGACAAAACUAUGUGCGUAGCGCAUGGUCAGGACGAUGCUAAAGAGAAUUUAGAUCCGAUUAGAACUAGAAUGCUCUCGCAUAGCGGUAUGCUGGACAAUGUAAGUUUGACGAGCAAUGUUGACGACGCGACGACUACGAACAGUCGUUUCUGCGGCGAGAACGACAGCGGUGAGACGCGUCUCGCUUCAAGUGAUACUAAUUUAAGUGUAUUAAAUCGGACGACUCGUAAUGCGAAUGUGGACACGGAUGGCGUGACGUUUGUUCCAAGCAAUUGCAACCAGGGUAAUUUGCGAGUCGAUUUAGAAGGCGCGCAGCAGCACAAGGAAGCGCCGUGCGCGAUGCGAUGCAGUGCGAUCCCCGUGCUGCCUGCGGAAGAAAGGCCCGGUGCUCGACUAUUUUUUAAAGAGAAUAAUAGAAUAAUACCCAGCGUUGAUUUUGAUUUAAGCGUUGUUAAUAUGAAUAAAACCGUUGAGAAAGUUUCGCAGGCUGUCACUGUUCCGACAAGCCUGCGUACCGAUGACGAUAGAAUUAGCAAUGAAAAUCAUACAGACGAUUCUCCGACGUUGCGUAACGGCUGUAAACACUUGGACGGUACGAAUGUAAUGAGACCGAUGGAUAACAAUCGAAAUGUCUCGAGCAGCAUUACGAGAUUCGAGCGUAGCAUCCUGAAUAAACAGAUCGACAUGUACGAGUCUAGAAAGUUCAUUCGGUGUACAGCGUUUCAGGAGAACCACGUGCGUCAUAAUGGCAGGAUUAGGGCGAGAAGUAACGGCGAGUUUGGCCUCAAAGUGAGCAUAGAUUUGUUUAAGAUACAAAACCUGAUCGAUUCAAAACCGGAGUUAUUUAAAAAUCGAAUGCGCGACGCUGACGAUCAGCGCGACACAUGUCUUUUACCUGGCCUAGACGAGUACACUCGACAGCAGGUAAGGUACUGUGAUAUCGCGAGUAGCGGUAGUAUCAGCUCGCCUAAGAAUAGGGAAUUGCAAAAACCGAGUUACGCGUGCAACAUCGAGUGCACGCAACGAGACAUUUUUCCCGUUUCAGCGAAUACGUUCCUGCGAAUACGCCCUCAGAAGUCAAACCAGGGCGUUAAAUAUCUCGAUUUCAAUAAAGAUAUCUUAGACAGAUAAGCGUUAAGAGAUUGACACAUGGGAGAAUGUUCUGUAUGAUAAUUACGAAUGGUAAAUGGUAAAACAGACAAUAUUAGAUUUGUUGAAUGAGUUUUGUGGUUGAAUAGUUUUUAUAAGUAACUCUUAUAAAAUAAAAGUAAUUGGAGGGUACUUGAAUCAACUUUUCUUUUAUGGACUUGUAGUCAGUAUAAUUUAAUUUUUAAUUGAAUUUUAUUUUCUGCUAACUUUCGUCUGUAAAUUGUAGCAUAUAUAAUUGCCAAAUUCUAUGUAUUGAUGUACUAUUCUCUGAUAUAAAGAUACGUUUAUUUUCUUAAA